AUGACGGCCGCCAGCAGUACAACGGAUGUCGAAACGGCGCCAGAGAAGGACAUUAAGGAUAUCAAGGAGGAGGUACCGACACCAAAGGAGCCAGAAUACCCUCCUCUAGCCAAGGUGAUCGUCAUUAUUCUUGCCCUCUACCUGGCCGUCUUCUUGGUGGCCUUGGAUCAAACCAUCAUUGGUGUGGCUAUUCCCAAAAUCACCGAUCAAUUCAAGAGUAUUUCGGAUAUUGCCUGGUAUGGCAGCGCAUAUUUCCUUACGUCGACGGCACUGCAACCGUCUUAUGGCAGAAUUUACAAGAUUUUCAGCGUUAAAUGGGCCUUUUUAGCUGCCGUUCUGAUCUUCGAAAUUGGCAGUUUAAUCUGCGCCGUGGCCCCUUCUAGUACCGUCUUGAUCGUUGGACGAGCGAUUGCAGGAAUCGGUGUCGCGGGUAUCUUCUCCGGUGCCCUUGUCAUUAUCUCUAUGACAGUGCCUUUACCCAAGCGUCCUCUUGUUUUUGGCAUGUUCGGCAUGGUUUGGGGAAUUGCCUCUAUUGCAGGACCUCUUCUUGGAGGUGCUUUCACUGAUGGCAUCUCGUGGAGGUGGUGUUUCUAUAUCAACUUGCCGAUUGGUGGGCUUUCGAUUUUGGUCAUCCUAUUCUUCCUCCGACUCCCAGUCACAAAUGAGUGGGCGGGAAAGCCAAUUCUGGAACGAAUCCGUCAAUUGGAUCUGAUUGGCGCAAGUCUAUUAAUCCCCGCGAUUGUCUGCCUUCUGCUUGCUCUCCAAUGGGGAGGCAACAAGUACGCCUGGAACAACUCACGAAUCAUUGGCUUAUUCGUGGGCUUCGGACUGCUAGCAAUUCUCUUUGCUAUUUCUCAAUUGUGGAUCGGAGAGAAGGCCACCCUGCCACCUCCCAUCUUGAAACAACGAACUGUACUUUCGUCGUGCUUGUUCGCCCUGUUCUUCGGAGGUGCCUUCUUCCUACUCGUCUACUAUGUGCCCAUCUUUUUCCAGAGUGUGGAAGGAUCUUCUGCGAUGAAGUCUGGUAUUCAGCUACUUCCUAUGAUGCUGGCCACUGUCGUCUCAUCCGUGGUCGUCGGUGGACUGAUCACCGCUGCCGGGUACUAUACUCCCUUCCUGAUCGUCAGUGCCGCUAUCGCAGCUAUCGGCACUGGUCUCAUCACCUUGUACGACAUUGAUAUUUCCUCCGGAAAGUGGAUUGGCUAUCAGAUUGUUGUUGGUGCUGGUGUUGGUGCUGGAUUCCAAGUUCCUAUGACUGCCGUCCAGACCGUCCUCAAGCCGGAGGAUAUCCCCAUCGGAACAGCCGCAGUGAUGUUCUUCCAAACGCUAGGAGGUGCUCUUUUCAUUGCAGUUGGUCAAUCCGUCUUCCAGAAUGGCUUGAUCAGUGGAAUCGUCAAGUAUGCGCCUGAUGUGGCGCCCAAGGCUAUUAUCGGAGCGGGUGCGACUGAAAUGCGCCAUGUUCUGAGCGAGUUGGGACAGCUUAGCCAGCUGGACGGUGUCAUCAAGGCUUAUAUGAGUGGACUGCGGGAUGCUUAUCGGGUCAGUCUUGCGCUGGCUGUGGUGGCAUUCGUGGCUAGUCUCUUCUUGGAGUGGAAGAGUGUGAAGAAGGCUGGAGGUAAUAAGGACGAAGUUGCGGUUCCGGCUCUUUGA